AUGACAGCACAGCAAAGAGGCAGAUCUGCCCAUUUAGUCAUCAAGCUACUUGAAGAACCUAAGAUUGUAACCAGUAUUGAUACUGGCUUUAAAUCCCUUUUCAAUUUGGCAAGCCUCAGUGAUGAAGAAAUCUGGACAAGUGGAAAUGAUAACGCCAUAAAACUUUUCAACAUGAAGGAGAGAUUUCUAAUUAAUUCAAUUAGAACAAAAUCGGGGAAAAUGCCAUGGGACAUAGCGGUAACCCAAAAUGGAGAACUAGUUUAUUCUGAUAUAAAUGAGAGAUCUUUGAACUUAGCAAAGAAUUCAAAGAUUAAGGAGGUGAUAAAAUUAAAGACUUGGGAACCGCGAGAUAUCUGUAGUACCGCCGCUGGUCAUCUAUUGGUUAUGCUAAUGAGAAUUGAUGGAAGGCAAUCUAAGGUUGUUCGCUACCAUGGCUCUGAAGAGAAACAGUCGAUUCAGUUCGACGAUGAUGGAAAUUCUCUCUAUUCAACUGAGGGUUACAGGUACAUCAAUGAGAAUAGGAACCUUGAUAUCUGCGUAACAGAUAGUGGCGUUAGAGUAGUCGUGGUCGUCAAUCAGGCAGGGAAAUUAAGAUAUAGAUACAUGGGAAAUGACCCUCUUUUGAAGCAGAAUCCAUUCGAUCCACGAGGAAUCGCCUCAGACAACCAAAGUAACAUCCUUAUCGCUGAUUUUAACAAUCAUUGCAUCCAUUUAAUAGACCAAGAUGGACAGUUUCUUCGUUAUAUAAAAUGUGGACUGGAUUCUCCUUGGGGACUUUGUGCAGACAAAAAUGGAAAUUUGUUUGUUGCACAAAGUAAAAAACGGCAAGUCACAAAAAUCAAAUAUUUGGAAUUUAUUACAAAUUAUUAUUGA